AUGCCGUGCUUGCCGGCGGCGGGGCUUGCCGGCAGUAUCUUCCCGUCGGGAAGGUACCGCCGGCAAGCUGUGCCGGGUAUCGUAUAUUUUCCCGUGCCUGUACCGAAGGGGUCUGGCAUGUUUCUGACAUGUUCCUCCGCGGUCGGUCCGCAGUCGGCAGCCAGGAUACGAAAGAUGCCAUGGAAACGGUGUUGGGAGGUUCUGAGACGUUCCGAGGCUAUUCGAUGUUCUGCCGUGCGGUGACGUGGAGGUCGAUUUCCGCUCGGUUUCCGCUGUCCGUAAGUGGACAAAAGUGGGUACAAUUUGGACAAAAGUGGGUCAAAAAAUAGACACAAGUGGGUACAUGAAAAAAUUAGUAGAAGCCGCUGGGUAUACCCACCACGAUGUCGGACAGAAGUGGGCACU